GGGCUAGCCUGGCCACACUUGUACUUGUUAAUUCUUUGUCAGUCCCUGCCUGAUCCUGGUUCACAGGAAAGGGGGCAGGAAUGGGAAGCUGGUGGACUGAACAUACCCUGAGGCAGCACAUGGCCUAGAUGUGAACUCAGAUGAGUCUGGCUCCAGGAUUUGCUCUUUCCUGGCCUCCUGGGCGGUGGGGUAGAUUGCACCCUUAGGGUGUGACCUGACCUGCUCCUUGGUAGGGACUCUGUUCAGGGGAAGCCCAGGCCUGGUGUCUUUUUAACCUGGCUGGGUCUGUUUCCAACCAGUGAGACGGAGGCACUCUCAAAGAAGGACCACAGAAGCAGACGGUGGUAGUACCUUGAUAGCUGGAUUCAGGUCCAUUCUCCAGAGGAUAAGGGAGGAGUCAAGGAGGAUGGGGCCCCGCCCCCAACAGGGCCGCUCUGGCCCCCCGGGCUGCGGCUGGUGGUGGUACCUUUGUGGCCUGUCUCCAGCGGCAUUUCCUUAUUGCCCCAUUUUCCUACUCUACUUCCUGUCCUGCUGGGUCCACAUGUCCUCAGCGGCUUGUUACGUGCACACCGGCUGCCUCCUCCCCAGUUGGAUGGCCAAGUAUACAUUUGUCUUUUUAUGUGCUGAAAGUGAAUUUAGGCUUGAUCUGCCUCGGGAGGCAUAGGCAGGGGGAUCACCGCAAGUUCAAGGCCAGCCUGGGUCACACAAUGAGGACGGAACACAGAGGCUGAGAGUGUGCCAGUGACCUGAGGAGCCAUGCCAGGCCAAGUCAGGAUCUGAGAAGGCAGCAACUCUGCAGAUGAGGACACCGAGGCCCAGAGAAGGGGAGCAGCUUGCCUAGGCACGCACAGCCGGAGACGUGGAGCAAGGUCUCUAGGCCAAGACCCCGGAUCCCACAGCUGGUGUCUGUGCCAAGCUCCCAAUCUGCUCCCCACAUCCACUGGGGUAGCCCUGCUGCCCACCAGCCAGGAACAUGGGCAGCAACAAGAGCAAGCCCAAGGAUGCCAGCCAGCGGCGCCGUAGCCUGGAGCCCACGGAGAAUGUGCACGGGGCCGGAUGUGCCUUCCCAGCCUCGCAGACCCCUAGCAAGCCAGCCUCCUCCGAUGGCCACCGAGGCCCCGGCGCCGCUUUUGUGCCCCCCGCGACUGCAGAGCCCAAGCUCUUCGGGGGCUUCAACUCCUCGGACACUGUCACCUCCCCGCAGAGGGCAGGGCCCCUGGCUGGUGGAGUGACCACCUUCGUAGCCCUCUAUGACUAUGAGUCACGGACAGAAACAGAUCUAUCCUUCAAGAAAGGGGAACGGCUACAGAUUGUCAACAACACGAGGAAGGUGGACGUCAGAGAGGGAGACUGGUGGUUGGCGCACUCACUCAGCACAGGACAGACCGGCUAUAUCCCCAGCAACUACGUGGCCCCUUCUGACUCCAUUCAGGCUGAGGAGUGGUACUUCGGCAAGAUCACUAGACGGGAGUCAGAGCGAUUACUGCUCAACACAGAGAACCCGAGAGGGACCUUCCUUGUGAGGGAAAGUGAGACCACAAAAGGUGCCUACUGCCUCUCUGUGUCUGACUUUGACAACGCCAAGGGCCUCAAUGUGAAACACUACAAGAUCCGCAAGCUGGACAGCGGAGGCUUCUACAUCACCUCUCGCACCCAGUUCAACAGCCUGCAGCAGCUUGUGGCUUACUAUUCCAAACAUGCCGAUGGCCUGUGCCACCGUCUCACCACCGUGUGCCCCACAUCCAAGCCUCAGACCCAGGGCCUGGCCAAGGAUGCCUGGGAAAUUCCCCGGGAGUCCCUGCGGUUGGAGGUCAAGCUGGGCCAGGGCUGCUUCGGAGAAGUGUGGAUGGGGACCUGGAACGGGACCACGAGGGUUGCCAUCAAAACCCUGAAGCCAGGCACCAUGUCUCCAGAGGCCUUCCUGCAGGAGGCCCAGGUCAUGAAGAAACUGAGGCAUGAGAAGCUGGUUCAGCUGUAUGCUGUAGUGUCAGAGGAGCCCAUCUACAUUGUCACAGAGUACAUGAGCAAGGGAAGUCUGCUGGACUUUCUCAAGGGGGAAACGGGCAAGUACCUACGGCUGCCUCAGCUAGUGGACAUGGCUGCUCAGAUCGCCUCAGGCAUGGCAUAUGUGGAGCGGAUGAACUAUGUGCACCGGGAUCUCCGUGCUGCCAACAUCCUGGUUGGGGAGAACCUGGUGUGUAAAGUGGCCGACUUUGGGCUGGCUCGGCUCAUCGAGGACAACGAAUACACAGCCCGGCAAGGUGCCAAAUUCCCCAUCAAGUGGACGGCCCCUGAAGCUGCUCUGUACGGCAGGUUCACCAUCAAGUCGGAUGUGUGGUCUUUUGGGAUCCUGCUGACGGAACUCACCACCAAGGGACGGGUGCCUUACCCUGGGAUGGUGAACCGAGAGGUGCUGGACCAAGUGGAGCGGGGCUACCGGAUGCCUUGCCCACCCGAGUGCCCUGAGUCGCUGCAUGACCUCAUGUGCCAGUGCUGGCGGAAGGAACCUGAGGAACGGCCCACCUUCGAGUACCUGCAGGCCUUUCUAGAGGACUACUUCACGUCCACUGAGCCGCAGUACCAGCCUGGGGAGAAUCUAUAGGAGCUCUGGGCAUGGGACCAUUGCCCUAGGCUUCUGGGUAUCGUCUCUGAUGUACCUGCCUCCCUUCACCCUCCCUCUGGGGCUGAGUUGCCUCAAGAUGCCCCCUCUAUCAUUGGAGCAUGGGAAGGCUUCCAGAACCAGGGCAGCAAGGAAGGACAGGACGAGCCUGGCAGAGUGACUGUUAUAGUGAGUGACUGUCCUGGCGCCUGACCUGACCUGGCCACAUGCCUGCUCUGUGCAUUCUUUCUGGAGCCUGCCCCUCUCUGCAGGAGGUACUGGGUGAAGGGCAAGGCUGGGGGCGGUUUUCCAGCCUCAACCCACUUCACUCACCUGGCUCUUCUCUACUUUCUACACCCUGGGUCUGCCUUGAGCUGGUCAAAGAGCCUUUCCAAAGAGGAAUGAGGCCCAGCCUGCACCUCUGUUCCUGGCUGUCCAUGUUAGAGGCUCUUCCGUGGCUCUCAGACUAGGCAGCCCGAGGCCCAAUGUGACUUCAGAUGGGGGUCACUGUGAGCACCCCCUCAGCCCUGUCCUCCACGUGGGACCGACUCAUUUCUCUCUUUUCACUGUUGCAGAAACUGAGUCCAGAAAGGGACUGUGACUUGCCCAAGGCUAUGAAGCAAUUCAGGCUUGAGGUGGGCUUGGCACCUGGUGCUCCCUCUAUCUUCCUCAGGAACUAACCAGAAUCAUCCUCAGAGGCACCAUGUCAGGACUGGGGCCUGAGGAUGGGUUAAGGGUGGCAGAGUUCUGCCUCUGACAUUCUCAUGUUCUGUCACAGGGGAAGAGAAUGGAGAUGGGUGUGACACUGAGCCAGGAAUGAGGGGUAGAGAGUGAUGUAUGGGGCAGGCUUCAGUCCAAACCUGGGUGGGUUUGACCUUCAGAGCCAGUGUGAAAUGGAGAGAGCUCUCAGGCUGCCAAAGCAAUCAAACAGAAGUGGAAGUGCUUAGAAGUCAGAGGCCCUGGUCCUGCUCAUCUGUCCUGAUCAUUUCAACACCUGGGCCCUGUUCUCCUCACCUUUACACCCCCUAGCUCUUGAGUAGGGAGGGGAAUUCCUUGGCCAGGGUAAAAGAGGGCAAGGAUCCCUAUUGCUAUACACCAACACUGACUGUGUGACCUUGGAUGGCCCUGCUUUUUCUCUGAGCUGCAGCCUCUACUCCUGUGGCUAUGACAUCCGCCAUUGCUCAGCUGCUGGAUAGACCUAAGGGAAUGUCCAGAGGGCAGCCCAGCCCCAGGACAGCAGGUGACUGCUUCAUCCCUGGUUCUUCUACCCCGUCUUAGGGUAUGUGGUGGCUUCAUUCUCCCGCAGUGUCCCCAUCUAUAAGGUGGGCAGCUGACGAUUUGUGACUUCCCACUGAGAGUCCCUGUGUGUAUGUAUUUGUAUGUGUACAUGUGUGUGUCCCCCUUGUGUGUAUAUUUAAUGUGUAAAAACACCCCUCUGUUCUCAUACAUGACCAUUUCACCCACUGCCCCAUCAUAGCAAUAAUGUUCCCAGUUCUGGGGCCUCUCAAGGUAGUCAGGCCCCAGAAGGAGGAGGCCAGGUGGGGCCUGCCCAGAUACUUCCGCAUUUCUUUCCAUAGGCAUCUCUUGCCGAAGUCUCCCAACCACCUGGCAAGUCUGGGCUUGCCACCCCAAGUGCUCCCCAGCCUCCCUCUAACAGCCCAAGGCCCUUUAUAUAAGGUGGCCUCAACUGUCCUAUUUUUUUUAAACAGUGUUUUGUAGAUUUCAGAUGACUAUGCAGAGGCCUGGGGGCCCCCAGCUCUGGGCAGGGCCUAGGGGUUUCCCACAUUCCAUGGCCCAGGAUUUGGUGGGGAAGGAACUUCCCAGAAUUGGUUGUACAUACUUUGCAUAUUGUCUGAUUAAACACAAACAGACCUCA